AUGUCAGUGCCUAACCCAAAAAAAACUCUGGUUGCGGCGCUGAAGUCUGGACAGUUCAUAACUCAGGUUAUUUUUGCUACUGCCUUAUGGGUGCUUUGGAACACUAGAAAUGCUAUUGUACAUGAAAGGCAAGGCCUGGUUGUGAGAGAUAUUGCAGCUAAAGUGAGGGUAUGUUCAGAUGAAUUCAUAGAUAAUUGUAGUGCAAAACAAAGUCUAAUAUCUCAUGCAGAAUAUUCAACCGGGCAUAAUGAUCAUUGGCAAGUGCCUGCUAUGGGAACUUAUAAAUUGAAUGUUGAUGCUGCACAUUUUCAAAGGAAAAAUGAGAUUGGAAUUGGAGCAAUCAUGAGGAAUUGUCAUGGAGAGCCUCUUAUUUGUUUGUCUGAAAGGGUUAGCGUGGGUGUUGAUCCUAGUUUUGCUGAGUUACUAGCUGUUAAAUAUGCUCUAUGGCGUUUGCGGGUGGAGGGGCAUUGUGAUUUUGCUAUUGAAUUGGACUCGACCGUUGUUGUUCAAGCAUUGGUUUCAUAUGAUUAUUCAGAAUCUAGGAUGGGUCACUUCGUCAGGGAGGUUAAAUCUCUAAUGUGUUGGUUGAAUGUUUCUCAUUGUCAACAUGUUCUUUGCGCUGGUAAUUCUAUUGCGCACUCCUUAGCUCAUAUGGCUAAGAAUGGGGGUAGAAAGACAAUUUGGCGGGGUGGAUAUCCAUUGGAAAUUGGAGCUGAUGAAGAUCAAGGUAGGCAAUUGAAGAACGCCUAUAAUCAGGCUUGA